UUCAUUGCGUUUCGUCAUUCAUUGGCAUUUGGUUUGUGGAUUUGUUUAUCUUCUCUGCAUAGUAACUGGCAAAAAUCUAGGAUGGCAGUCUAUCACGAUGAAGUAGAAAUCGAAGAUUUUGAAUAUGAUGAGGAAUCAGAGACAUAUUAUUAUCCAUGCCCAUGUGGAGACAGAUUCGAAAUUACAAAGGAGGACCUGGCAAAUGGUGAAGAUGUAGCAACAUGUCCAAGCUGUUCAUUAGUAGUGAAAGUCAUCUAUAAUAUUGAGGACUUUCAAAAUACAGACGAAGAAAAAGCUGUGAAGUCAAACAAAGCACAAUUGGAAGUUGCAGGAUAAAUAUUGUUAUGAGUGCAUUGCAACAUUUUUCUGUUCAUUGCUUGUGUAUAUUCUGUACAUGUAAAAUUUUAUUUUUUCAUUAACUUGUCAUGCCAGUAUAAUCUGUAAAAAAUAUUAUGACAACUGGUUUUAUAAAAAAUCACAUCAUAUACAUAACAACAUUUGCUUUGUGAUCAUGUUUGCUUUGAUGCAUAAAAUUUAGAAUAUUA